ACGGAGCUGUCCCCACAGAGUUGAUCGACGGCUUCACAGAUACAUACGGCAAGUAAGCCGCGAGACAUCCUACGUGAACAUUCGCUGACGAGUUUAGGUGCCCCUGAAGUAUCGAUGAAGCAGUCGAAUGGAACGCUGUCUAGUGUUACCCAAUCCAUCGAUAUCUGGUCGUUCGGCUGCGUUCUAUCGGUGGCGGCCACAUGGAUUGCAUUAGGCUUCCAGGGCGUUCGCCAAUACGAAGUCCUACGAAAGUUGUCUCCGGCCAACAAGGUUAAUGGGCAAAUUUACGAUCGGUUCCAUAACGGCUACGAUGUUUUGCCUGAGAUCAAGCAAUGGCACGACUUCCUACGAGGACAUCUCCGCCCUUCCGACACAGCCACUCCUCUGGUCCUUGACCUUAUAGAGCUCAAGAUGCUGCAGCAGGAGCCCCUGCGCAGAAUCGAUACUAGCCGACUGUGCCAAGAGCUCAAGCACCUCCUAAGAUCUGCUGAAGACAGAAUUAACGAUCUCGAACACAAUUCGAAAGAUACAGAUGCUAUAGUUCUGAGAGCACUUCUCGAAGUGGAACAGACUGCUGAGUUCCAAAGGUCGUCUGAACAGACGACCAACCCUCUACAACAACGUUUGAACGCUACGACAGAUGCGCCGCCAAUUGAUCCACGCCCAAGAUCAUCUAUACAGACACAGAAAGAAGAGAGAAGAAAAAGCAGAAGAUUAGGUCUGACACCAUACAGGCGGGAGAUACUGCAAAGCGAGCUAGCAGAUCGAUCCUAUGUCAUCAGCGAAGAAGCCAAUUCGUCCACCAAAGAGUACCACCGCGGUGAUACAACCGAAAGUCCUAUACAAGAAAACUUUCCAGAGAGUCAAUAUCCAACGUCAGGAAUUCUGAAAGAGUCGUUUCCGAGUGCUGGUGCUAUCGGUAUCCACACCAAAUCUGACCACGGUCAAGAUACGAUACCGUCCCUCACAUUAUCCGUACCAACAGCAGAAGACAACGGCGUGCUCCAAUUGCCUGUAAAAGCGCAUCACGACUUUGGUCCUCGUGGGCAAGGUCAUGAAGAAGGCCUCGACGCGAAUCACGCAGGAUCAUCUGAUGCUAUUAGUGAUCGAACACAAACCUUUCGGUCAACAGAUCAGAAGUAUGAGACAAAUCUGAAACCAUUGCACUCCGCUACAGACCCCUCGAGUUCUUCGAAACACAAGGAACUCGUCAUGGAGGAUACCUCUGGGCCAUCAUCAGAACCUGCGAGUCUAUCGCACUCCGGCGCACUCUCGAAUAGUAUCACUCUGUCGGCUGAGUUUACUCGGUUCAGAGGUCCACAAAACGAAAGUGACGGUAUUGGGCACUUCAAACAUGUCGGCCAUCAAGUAGAGACUCGUGGAGACCUACCCAGUCACAGAUCGAGAGACGCAGAGGUACUUCACAAUUCCGUGCACAGCCAGCAACCGGGGACCUCUGUAUACAAUCCGCCAAAUCACGCGGGAUCUGUUCACGAAAUGCCAGUGGUACGAAGUCCUGAUCCCGGACUCCCCCACCGUCUUGAUUCCAGUGCAACGAGCCCUCUAACAGACGGAGUCCUUCAAGGCCUACGAAUUGUGAGUGAGGCCGCACCGUUUGAUCGUGAGCAAGACAGAAACAGCGCUAUUACAAACUUUGAAGACGUUCCGUCCGAGGUCUUUGAUCUACCGUACGAUGUCUGUCAGCAGCGAAAGCUUCUUGAAAUGGGGACGCCCAAAGGUAUCCGGGCUAAGGUCAAGAGCAAAUUUGGCUGGGAGGAUAGAAAACCAGACUCUAAUCUUGCUCCUACUUUUAGCGUUUCCCGUGAUCUAGUCUUGAUCAUUGAUAACGGCGCAACGAUGUUCCAACACUGGCCAAUCGCAAUGUUCGUAGCAGAGACUCUUGCUAUGAAAGCAGCGGGGUUAGAUAGAGACGGUAUUGAUGUUUACUUUACGGUCGACGGAGAUGCACACAAUCUUAAAGCUCUUGUCGGGGACGGCGGAAGGCAGCGACUGAGGAAGGCUCUGCUGAACGCGGCGCCGGAUAACAUAGACCACAAAGACUCGCAGACCAAUAUGCUGGAAGUCCUCUUCAGGAUCGCUGAAAAUUGGAGAACCAAAGGCAAGUCGGCAACCACCCUCUUGGUGCUUACGGAUGGCCUUUGGAAGAAGACAAACAACGACGUGUUCGAUGACGCCAUCAUCGAUCUUGCUCAGGAUGCUGCUCAGGCCGCAAAUUUGCGCACAGGCAAUCGCCCCUUCAGUUUUCAGUUCAUCCGUUUUGGCGACGAGGGCUAUGAGCGACUGCGCUACCUCGAUGACCAGCUCUGUAAAGAGAGGAACAGGGGCAGAGAUAUCAUCGACCAUUGUUCAUGGCGUACCAGCGUCUACAAGAUGUUCAAAGGCAGCAUCGAUGGCUUUCAUGACCAGAGCGACGCUGAUGAGCAGGAUAUGAAAUACUACUACCCAGCCCUAGUCGCGCUCUUCAAAGCUUACAACGAAUCGAACCACCUACAAGAACGUUCGACCGGGUUCUUGUCGCCAACCUCGCCUACACAGUCGCCUCUCGCACGUACCUUCAGUCGGUCAUCUAACUCUUUGAAUUGGGAGAAGCACAGAUCGGUGCCAGAGACGUCACCACAAAGACGUAGCUCGCAUCGCAAAAUGUUUUCACAGUAAUUCUGGACGACAUCCGCCUGAUAUGACUCAUGAACGCAUAUCACGGGCUGGGGAUCUUGAACAUCUGUGGCCUUGAACAAACUAAUGGCUACGCCCACCCAUCUUCUUCAUUCCUUU